GGCUGCGCACGCCGGCCCCGCGGGGUGCAUGGAGGCACCCGCCAUCCUCUGCGAGGUGUGAGUCCUGGGGGACAGCGCGGCUCGGCCCCGCCAGGCGAGCGGCCCCGGGCCCCCCUCAGCGGCCGCGGCAGGAGCCAGGAGGGGCUCGGGACCUGACACCGGCAUCGCCCCCAUCCCCGGCAGCUGCCGCCUCCUGAGACAUGAAGAAGUUUUUCGACUCGCGCCGGGAGCAGGGCGGCUCCGGGCCCGGGUCGGGCACCAGCGGCGGCGGCGGCGGCAGCAGCGGCCCGGGCAGCGGCUACAUCGGCCGGGUCUUCAGCAUCGGCCGGCACCAGGUCACCGUGGACGAGGUGCUGGCGGAAGGUGGCUUUGCAAUCGUGUUCCUGGUGAGGACGAGCAAUGGGGUGAAGUGUGCCCUGAAGAGGAUGUACGUCAAUAAUGAGUAUGACCUGCAGGUCUGCAAGAGAGAGAUCCAGAUCAUGCGGGAUCUGUCUGGUCACAAGAACAUUGUGGGCUACAUCGACUCCAGCAUCAACUCUGUCAGCAGCGGGGAUGUGUGGGAAGUGCUGAUCCUCAUGGAUUUCUGCCGGGGGGGGCAGGUGGUGAACCUGAUGAACCAGCGCCUGCAGACCGGCUUCACUGAGAGCGAGGUCCUGCAGAUCUUCUGUGACACCUGCGAGGCCGUGGCCAGGCUGCACCAGUGCAAGACUCCCAUCAUCCACAGGGAUCUCAAGGUUGAAAACAUCCUACUGCAUGACCGUGGUCACUAUGUCCUGUGUGACUUUGGAAGUGCUACUAACAAAUUCCAGAACCCUCAAACAGAAGGGGUGAACGCGGUCGAGGAGGAAAUCAAGAAGUACACGACGUUAUCCUACAGAGCACCAGAGAUGGUGAACCUGUACAGCGGCAAACUCAUCACUACAAAAGCAGACAUUUGGGCCCUGGGCUGUUUGCUGUACAAGCUGUGCUACUUCACCUUGCCCUUUGGGGAGAGCCAGGUGGCCAUUUGUGAUGGUAACUUCACCAUUCCAGACAACUCCCGGCACUCCCAGGACAUGCACUGCCUCAUCCGGUACAUGCUUGAGCCAGACCCUGAUAAGAGACCUGACAUUUAUCAGGUCUCCUACUUUGCAUUCAAACUGGCCAAGAAGGAGUGCCCGGUGCAGAAUGUCCAGAACUCUCCAAUCCCUGCUAAACUCCCAGACCCAGUUAAAGCAAGUGAAGCUGCUGCAAAGAAGAGUCAACCAAAGGCCAGGCUCACAGACCCCAUCCCUACGACAGAAACAUCCAUAGCACCCCGCCAGAGACCUAAAGCAGGACAGACCCAGCCCAACCCUGGAAUUCUGCCUAUCCAGCCAGCCCUGACGCCCAGGAAGAGAGCCACAGCCCAGGCAGCCAUUCAGCCCCAGGUUGCAGGCCCAGCUGCCCUGGGCAGUGCCCAGCCCUCGCUCCCUGCCAGCUCCCCCCAGCCAAAAGCAGCCCCGCAGCAACCUCCAGCCCAGCCCCAGGCCAAGCCAGCAGCGGCGCCCCAGGCACAGCCCCAGGUCCCCUCCACACAGCCCCAGGCCACCCCUCAGCAUCAGCAGCAGCUUUUCCUGAAGCAGCAGCUCCUGCAGCAGCAGCAGCAACAGCAGGCUGCCUACUUGCAGCAGCAGCAGCAGCAGCAGAUGAUGCAGGCACAGCAGUUCCCAGUGAUGCAGCAAGGAGCACCUGUGCAGCAGCAGCUGAUGCAGAACUACUACCAGCAGCAGCAGCAGCAGCUGAUGGCCCAGCAGGCAACUAUGCAGCAGAAGACCGCAGCAGCAGCAGCAUCUCAGCAGAAGCAGCAGCCCCUGGCGCCAGCGCAGCCCCAGGCCCAGCCCAGCGCGGCACCGCCGACGCAGCCGCAGGAGCAGGGGGCGCAGGCUCAGGCGAGGCAGCAGCAGCAGCAGGCUCAGGGCACGGCGCAGGGGCAGAAGCUGGGCUCGCUCACGCCGCCGUCCUCGCCCAAGGCGCAGCGCGCGGGGCACCGCCGCAUCCUCAGCGACGUCACGCACAGCGCGGUGUUCGGCGUGCCCGCCAGCAAAUCCACCCAGCUGCUGCAGGCCGCCGCUGCCGAGGCCAGCCUCAACAAGUCCAAAUCUGCUUCCACCACGCCCUCGGGCUCGCCAAGGACCUCGCAGCAGAACGUCUACAACCCUCCCGACCUGUCCACGUGGAACCCCUUCGAUGAUGACAACUUCUCCAAGCUCACAGCUGAGGAGCUGCUGAACAAGGACUUUGCAAAGCUGGGGGAUGGGAAGGCUCCAGAAAAGGCAGCCAGUUCCACGGAGAACCUGAUCCCGGGUUUCCAGCCGGCUGCGUCCGCAGCCCCGGCAGAUGCCUUUGGCGGCUCGUCCUUCACUGCUGGGCCAGCUGAAAAAACGAAAGACAUUCUGAGUUUGGACUCUAGCCCUCCUCUCCUGACUGUGCCUGAUCCUUUCAUUCCUCUCCCGUUAUCUGAUACUCCAGAAAAACUGAUUGAGGGACUCAAAUCUCCCGAGCCUGCGCUCCUGCUCCCCGACCUCCUGCCUCUGGCUGACCCCUUCGGCAGCACGGCAGAUGCUGUCAAUGGAAAAGCUGACAUAGCUGUGGAGAGCCUGAUCCCGGGGCUGGAGGCCCCGCUGCCCCAGCGCCUCGUGUCCCAGAGCGAGUCGGUGGCCUCCAACAGAACAGACUCUCUCACUGGGGAAGACUCUCUGCUUGACUGUUCUCUGCUCUCUAACCCUGCUGCUGACCUCCUGGAUGAGUUUGCUCCCAUAGCUUUCGCAGCUCAGCCUCACAAAGAAGAUACUAACCUGAUAUCAGGCUUUGAUGCUCCUGAGGGCUCUGAAAAGGUGACAGAAGAUGAGUUUGACCCAAUCCCAGUGUUGAUAUCCAAAAAUUCACAAGGUCUGCAGAGGGAUCCAGGCCGGUUCCCAGCUGUAGCUCUUGAGCUCUGUAAAGGAGAUCCUGGCAGUGACGGACUCGCUUUGUACAAGGGUCAGCCCGAGAUGCUGGAUGUGAAAGUGCAGCACAACUCAGAGUCAGAGUACUUGGCCAGAGAUGGUCCUUCAAGCAACAGCUCUUUCUACAGCAGUGAAGGAGAGGGCACAGACCAUGAGGGAGAUAUUCUGGAUUGCAGCGGGUCCAGGCCUUUACUGAUGGAUUCAGAAGAGGAGGAGGAGACGUGCAAGUUGUGCCCAGGGUUCCUGCAGCCUGUGCCCAGGCAUGAGGACUCCAAAGAAGAUCCCCAGUCCCAGGCCAGAGGAGGGAAGAUGCUGUUCCCGGCCUUCCAGUCGCACACUGGGGAGGUUUUUAACGAACCGGAUGUGUUUGCCACAGCUCCUUUCCGAAGCUCCAGGAAGGUGCCUGAUGAAGUGGAUGUCUUUACCAAAGCUCCUUUUAUCUGUAAGGGCAACACGGCUCUACGACAUCCAGAGGAAGUAGAUGUGUUUCUGAGAGCCCCUUUCACUAAGAAGAAAAGCGUAGAAGAGUUGACUUCCCAUAAGGAGCCAUUCACCUCCCCUGCUUUCCUGAGCCAGGCAGGCGAUGGCCGAGCUCAGCCGAUGUUCCCGUGCCUGGAUUCAGCAGCACACGGGUCCGUGGCCUCGGUGAGAGCUCCGUAUCCUUCUACUGGGUUUGCUCAGCCAGGCAAUCUCCAUCCCUGCUCCAUCAGAGCCGUGGAGGCCCAGGAGAGUGUCCCUGCUAAAGCAGUGCUGCCGGAGCAGGGCGACGUGGCCGCUGAGAGGAGCCACGGGCACGCGUUGCCCCCGGACGCCACGCUGGGCACCGUGGCCAACAAACCUUUCCGUCCACAAUCCCUGUCCAAGUAUUCCCGGCACUACAGUCCCGAAGAUGGGCCGGGCCUCGAGGCCAAGCCCAUAGCUGCUUACAAAGUGGUGUCUCAGACCAACAGACAGGCUAUAGCGGGCUCUGUCGCUGUUGUCCCACUGUCUUCCAGGACUAUGGAGCUGCCUGGCGCGGAUCCCUUCGCCUCGGCGCCCUUCCCUUCCAAAGCAGCAAAGCAGAAGCCUUAACAUGCCAGGAGCUGGGGGCUGUGCUGCCUGCAGGAUGACUCAUGCAGGACCUCAAACCUCUUAGCUGAACUGAAUGACAUAGCAAUAUAUACAUAUAUAUAUACACACACAUAUAUGUAUAUAUAAAGUAAUUAUUAUUUUUGGUCAGAACUCUAUUUGCAGUGAUACAUAGUUGAACCAUUUAAGUUAUGUUCGUCCGAAUGCCUGGUUCUCAGGAUCCUCACAUCCUUUCCAGUUGCUUCUCACCUUCCUCCUCUCAGUCUUCCCUCCAUUUAUUUCUUUUUUAGAUGCUUUUCUCAAACCAGCAGUAUUCUGUAUUUUCUGGUCCUGGGUGGAGAAAUGCAUUACAAGAUGAAUUAAAAGGUUUAUUAAUUACAGAGCGAGUCAAGCAGGACUUGCUAAUGCUCUGGAAAGGACAUGAUUUCACAGGUUAAAGGGUUCUUAUGACUUUUGCUAUCAGUGAUAUUCCUGCUGCUUGGCAGCAGUGGCAGCCAUGGCUCUAGGUGUACUGGUGGGUGAUGUGCCCACGGAGCCUGAGCUGUGCCCUGAUGUCUGCUGCCAGUCUGGGCAGUGCUGGUGAGAGCAGAUCCAGGGCAGCAGCACAGCUUUGCUGCCCCAGGACUGGAACACAUGGCAGUGCUGCUGCCCCAGGGCUGGAGCUAGGGGAGGACUCACAGUGCCUUCCUGCUGUGAACCCAGUGAAGCAAUCAGGCUGUUACUGUUGCUGGAGAAUCAAGGGAUCGUGCAAACUAUCAGGCAGAGCCUUCACUUUUACACAUAUAUUUCCUGUCUGGUUUAUGCCAAAGGGUAGGACCUGGAAAUCUGCUUAUGGUGAAGGAGAGAUGUGUAUUUACAGUAUUAAAAGUAGACUUUAUGUGGAAAUUUCUGAUGUGAACAGCUCUGUAACUGUCCUGGUGUACCUCACGUGGUGUGAGUCAGCAGAGGCCACAGCCCCGUUAGGCUGGUUUGUACUGGGAGAGAGCUCGACUCAAAGUGAAUUCUGCCUAUUGCUUUCCUGUUGGUUAAGGAUGAACCUAAACAAAAUCCAUUUGCUCUCCUUCUAAAGAAUUAUGUUUUCUAUCCUGUUCCCGAAGAGCAGGACUGAGAUGACUGAGGCACGGACGGAACCUGGCAGAAAAGCUGAGACAUUUAUUGCAAAAGGCAACCCCCUUUGUAUACCCUUGUACAAAACACAGUAUUUUCUUAGAUGGUAGCUCUCACUAAGUGACACACAUUGCCAUUUCUAUAAGAACAAAUCAGCAAGUCAACGGACUUGAUGACAAUUUUAGAGCAGAAAUACUUGGCUCUAAUGGCAAACUUCCCAACCAGCCAGGCCCAGAGCUUGGCCAGACCUUAGGCCUUGACUGGAAGGGUUUCCCUAAAGUAUCUUACAAACUUUUAUUAAUAAUCCAUGGUAACAUGAAUAACCUCCAAACAACCAAAGGAUAUAAAUAACAUCAGAAAUUAUCUUACAGCUCAAUCCCUUUAUAAAAACUCCAUGUAUUGGCGAUAAACAUCAUAUUCAGUAUCACCAAUUAUACCAAAUGUUUCUUAUGUAAAAAUCUUUAAAGUUACAGCCCAAACUCCGCAAACCAGUCACUGAACAAGCUCCAUUCAUUUUGUCCCUUCGGUUUCCCAUGUUGAUGAUGAAGUCAGAGUAACAGAGGCUGGUUGGACCACCCCUGUAGGUACCCAUUGUGGACCGGAAUCUGUGGGACCGCAAACAUAUCCUCACCCCCAAGUUAUUAACGGAAAGGGGCCUUCCUAUUUUCCACUUUCAAGAUUCUUAACAAAUACUUGAGCUUUUUCUAGGUGAGUUUGCAAUCCACUGAAAUGGCACUGGACUGGGGUUAGGUCAUUCUGAAUAUGAUUCAAAAACUUAAGAUUUAUAUAAGGCUUUUAGCAGUCUUUAUUUAUAGACACCCAUCCCUACACUCCCCCUUUUUUGGUUUAAAAACACGGACUUGAGAGUACUAUGGGCCUGUUCAAUUGCAAUGAGUUUCUGUCCUCUGCCCCUCCCCAAUUCCUUCCUCAUCUAUCAGACCUCCUCCUUCUCAUCAUCAUCGUCCUUAGAUCUGAGGCCAGUGCAAUCUGAGGUUUCAUGGAGCAGGACACACUCCCUGCUGCUGAACCCAAUCCUGAGCACGUCCUUCUCCUUCAGCUGGUGGCAGCGCUGGGGCUCAGUGUGCUGGUUGUUGCGGAAGGCGCCGUUCCCCCGGCCCAGGUCGAUGACGUCGGGCCUCACCCUGCGGCCCACGGUGCCGUCAGCUCGGGUGUGCUCCAUCAGGCGGCACUGGAGGACGGCGUGGCGCUUGGGGCACGAGGGGUGGUCGAUGGGGAUGCCGGCCCAGCAGGUAGGAGCUCUGCCUGUGGAUGGACAUCGUGUCCGUCACAGGCGGGAACUCAUUCUUGAAGGGCUACAGGCGCCAGCGCGUCUUGGGGACGCGCGCCUUGGGGGCUCGCUGUGCUUGAUCACCACCCCCAGAAGGUGUUGGUGUCCUCCGGCAGCACCCCGCACAGCUCAAAGCUUGGCUUCUGCUUGUUCUUAGCGUUUAUUUUCUCGGGUUUGCUCUUGGACUGCUGGAGCUCCGGGUUCUAACCAGAACUGCUGCCCUCAGUGCCCUGUCGGUGCUCUUGCCUCCUCUCAUUGCAGAACUCCCUCUCUGCCUGCUGCUCCCGCAGCUUCUGCUUGUCCUGCUCAUGGCCGCCAGCUCCUGGCCUGUCAGGGGGUUCUUUCUGUCCAAGUGGUCCUUAUGCCUGUCUGGUCACUGCUCCUGCUCUGGUGGGUGUCUCUCCUCGUUCCCCCUGCCACAGCAAUCAUCCUGCUCCUGCUUCACCCUCCCAGUGUUGUGGCUGUGGCUCCUCCACCCGGCGUUGCUCCUUCUCCUGCUCCCUGUGUCACUGGAACUGCAGGAACAACAAAACCCCUCCAACAACAUUUUUAGUGUUAAAGAAUCAAGGCAGUACUAUACUUCUGGCUAGGAUGUGCAGCUGUCUUGGUUUUGAAAGACAGUUGUCUGCCAGAGGAAGCUAGAGCUGUCCUUGGAAUGGAAAAUGUUAUCCCCCUUCCCUCCAAAUUACUAUAAUUUUACAAUUAGGGGCUUUCAGGCAAAGAUAUGGGAAAUAGGAGUAACAGUUCUUUACUAGGAAUAUAAAAAACCCCCGAAACAACAACAAAAAAAGAAAACCCACCAAACAAAAACUCAAGUGUAGUAGUACAAAAAAACAAGGAAGCAAGCAAACAGAAAUCCUGGAAAAACCCUGACAGAGUCAGGGAUAUGACCUGGCGCCCUGGUGGUCAGGGUGUUGGAGGCAGUCCAAAUAAAUCCUCCUGGAGUAACAGACGUGGUUCUGUACAGUAGGGAUGGUCCUGUAGAAAAUCCAGUGGUGGUGAGAUGGGUCCAGUCUUCCUUCGGGAAUCCAAAUACCAAAUACCUUGUGUCCUUCAGUCCCAGUUUUUAUCUAGCUGGGAAGAGCUGGCUCCUCCCCCACUGUGUGGAGCAUCUCCCAAUGGCAUGAUGGAAUGUGUCAUGUCAUUGGUGGCCCCUAAAUGGCCCAUUAUCAGAAGAUGUUCCCCUGGAGGAUGGAGGGAUGAGAAAAGAGAUAAGAAACACUGCCUCAGCCUGGUUUUAGUGGCUGGGCCAUGAUCAGAAGGCAUCCUCCUCCUUCCCCCCUGGAGUUAGAAGAGAUAAGGAAAAAACAUCACCCAACAGCUGAAAUAGAAUACACUUUUUUUUGGUUACAUAACCCAAGACAGCAGCAGCAAACAUUUCAUCCACACACAGCCUGGGGGUGCAGAGGAAAUCAUUGUAUGACACAUGGGUUUUAUUAGAUUGUUCACAUAUUUUAUACAGUCAAAACCCCAUAGAAACUGAUCCAUUCAAUGUUCAUUGGUCCCAGGGUAUGUAGCUCUUAGUAUUUCGUUUCCUAUUGGUUACAGUUCUCUUUGUCCCCGGUGUUAAUUAGGUCCUCAUUCUUAUCCCUCCCAGGCCAGGUGUCUCCAGCCAUGCCAGGGGUGUUGUUGGGGAUUGAUGUUCCCUUAUUGGCCAUUGAUCUCUGUUAUCUUUUGUGUAUCUUCUGUGCUACUCCCAGUCCGUUGAGAAGUUAAACUCAUCAGGCCUGACCUGGUGGAACAAUGUCUUGGAAAGAAACUGCUCUGUGUUCCUUUUCCCUUCCCUUAAUUCAGCUCCCCUCCAAAAUAACUCCAGUUGGAAGAGACAAAUGUUCUGCUGGAGGUGGGGAUUGCCUGGAAGGGAGAGGGAAAAGCUUGGACUGAGGUGUUGGAGCCUUGGGGUGGGGAGGGAGAACCCUGGAACGCAGGGAGGCCAAUGUUGGCUCCCACAAGUUGCUGAUGAAUAGUGAUCAGCUGAGCCCAGGUCCAGGGGGCUCGUGGAGCUGGGACCCUCCUGCCCUGCACAGCUGCACUCAGAGUUAAUAAACAUUGGUGCAUAGUGGUGGUUGUGGGGCCUUCUGUCCUCCAUCACCACCUUGUGAAAACAGAAGUACUGUAAAGAAGUUUCUGGGUUUCCUUUGAGAUGUUUCUUCAACAAAGCUGACACUGUUACUAUGUUUUGCUGUGUAGUUUUUGUUUAAAUAUACACCCAAAAGGUGGGGCUUGGUUUAAAUAUAUGUUCCUCCAAGUCAAUUGUUGCUGGAUGGAAUCAGAGAGGAUGACUGUGAUGGCAAACUGUGAAUUCAAGGGGAGUGAGUGUGAGAGCCUAGACAGCAGUCUGUGUUACAGCCACACUGAGCCAGAGCUGCACUUGAGCACUUGAAUUUGCUCAGAAGCUGCUGGGAGUGAGGUCAGGCCUUGGUGCUGUGGGAUGAACCUGUGGAACAGGGAGAUGCUUUGCUGGAGUGAACACGUACCCUGUGUGAACCAUGUGGGUUCAAGGUGAUACCUCUGCUCACUGGAUUCAGGCUCUCCUUCCUUCUCUUCAUUUUUACUUGAAAAGUUGCUUCUGAAUAGUUCAGUGAAGCUUCUGUCAGUGCCACGUCCAGGUCCCACAGAGUGAUGCUGCAGGAGCAUCAGCCUGUCCCUUCAUGCUUGGAGAAAGGGAAGGUGCACUGAGGUGUGCAGGCUCGACUCCAGCCCUGCUCGGCUUAGGUCAGGCUGAAUUUCCAGCUGGCAUUUUGGCAGCUUUUCUGCGCUUUCAGGCACUUGACACGAAGAGCAGGAAAACUCUGCCCCAGAACUCAUGAUCUUGCCAGACACAUCCAGUGCUUACACGGUUUUAAAUCUCUUCUGGGGGUGGAGGCAGCUCGUUUGUAUCUCUGCGUGUGACUCACAAAGUUAUGGCACUUCUGGUUAUGGUCAGAAAACUCAAUUUCAAUGCCUGUUACUCUAAUGUCCUUCUCAUUUCCAGCCUGUGUUCCUCCCAAUCCUGCACUAUCACUGCUGCGGCCUCAGUGUGAUGAGUUGUAAGUGGAAAUUUCAAUUCCACAGCCUCUAAAGCUUACCGUUUUAAUGAAUGGGGAAGAAUCAUGCUAAUUAUUUGCCACGCAAUCAGUGAUCUUAAUGAAGUGAGACUUGGAGAGACUCCAUGGGGUGUUUUGAAAUCAGUUUUCUGAAAAGAACCGCUGUUAACAUGUCUUUUGUAACGCUGUAGUAAAAGGUGUUGACUGCCCUGGGUCCUCAGGCCCGGAGCGCAAUCACAUCCGUGUGACAAUCCCGGAUUCCUGCUGGGAGAGCGACUGGCUCUUGGUUCUCACCCGCUGAAUGCACUAAAGUCUAUUCAAAGUGAUUAAUCAGAGUUUCUACGUGAGUAAAACAAGCAGCUGGCUCUGUGCUCGCUCUCCUGAUGCUGGGCCGGUGCUGGGGGGUCUGUUCUCCCCAGCUGCUGCAGGACUUUGGGGCUGUCCCCGUGUCCCCUCUCCUGUCACCCUGACCCCGUGUGAGCACUGGCAACGUGGCCUGAUCGUGUCCUCAGCGCCACAGCAGCAAAACCUAGCGAGAUCUGCUUAAUUGCUGAACUCAAUCACUCCAAAGUGGUAAUUGAUUACUUUAACUCAGCUUCCACCAAAGACUCUUAUGUUGGGGAGUUGAAUUUUUGUGGGUUUUUGUUUCUUUCCUCACGGUGUUAAAAUCAAUGCCUUCAAGCACACUGACAGACCCAAAAGCAUUUUUACAGUAGUAUCAUGACAGUGAAAUCCUGCUCCGGUUCUGAAACACAUUCCUGAAACCCGAUCAGCUGCAUUAGCAUUUCUAGAAAUAACCCACAGCCUGUAGUUUCUGUUGUAGGUGGGUAAAUACCCUUACACACACCUAGAAAUACUCCCUGUGAAGUUAGAGGGAUAACGUUGAUCCAGUGUUCCCGAUCCCUUGCCUCCAAAGGGAUGGGGUGGGAGGGCAGGGGGCUGACUGGUGUGGGAUGCAGCAGGUGGAGCAUCCCACACACUGAGUCUGGUGGUGGGAGAAACUCCUUUGUAUCCACGAGGAGCAGAAGCUGGAAGUGUCUGUGGUCCCCACAGUGACCCACAGUGACAUGUGUCCCAUGUUCCACCCGUGCCCUCUGUCCCCUCUGCCUGGCAGAUCCCUGGGCUCGUUUUGCACUCCGGUUGGGAUCAUCCGUUCCUGGUAAUCAUGAAGAAAUGUUCCACUUGUAAACUUAUGUACAUUUUAUUAAAACUGUAUCU